CUUUCUCACCGAGGCUCUCCAUCACACACACACACACACACACACACACACCACACACACACACACACACAAAAUGGGAGGGAUACAGGAGUAUAGGUAAGGCGACAGUGGCAGACAGACAGAUGUGUGAUGCUCAGACUCAACAAUGGGACCGUCUCCCCUCGCCCGUGUGAAGGUAAACUUUUACCCACCAUCGCAUCUUUUCGCCGUGACCGUGUGGAGGUGAUGCCAACUCGCUGCUCGCACACCUGCCUCUGUUUUCCUUUUUUUUCUUCAAUGAUAAUUGCUGCCAGUCUACCAGGAGCGAUGCAGCAGUAACGGGGGCUGAAGUGGCAAUAGAUCCUGUUGAAUUGAGACAAGACGUCGAGACGCAGUCCAAAAGUGUCCUCCUCGGAGUGCGUCAGAGCACAGAUGUAUAUAGUGGAGGAUAUGGUCGCCGACUGGAUAUGACGAGGGAUAUGUGACAUUACCCGCCCCCCCCCCCCCCCCCCCCCCAAAUCAAGACGGGAAUUUAGGCAGAAGCGAAGAACUGCAUCCUCACCUAGCCUACCUUCCCCUCCUCCUUCAGAUUUGUUUGUAGGGGGCUGAGGCGAUGUUGUUUGGCCCCUUUUCACAUCUCCAGAAAGAGUCCUUCAGCCCUUCCCCGGAGCUCUAUAAUGUAACCGCAAAGAUCCAGUUCAUGUAAUUUUGUUUAAUCUUUUCACAUAAAAUGGCAACCAGGAGUGACCACGAAGGAUCAAAAGACGCAUUCGGGCGCAAGCAGCGGUCGUGGAGACAUUAGCCACCUGAUGGGCGCCGGAGAAACCGAGCAGAGACUGUUUUGGUUGUAGCUUGUUGACUUGGUGAUUUAAAAUGCUGAGGAAAUAAAAGGCGCUGCAAGUUUAACCCAGAGCGCCUGCGUAACAGGCUAUGGCACCGGCCCUCUCAUUUUUUGGUUAUGGUAGGUAACGAUGUCAUAACAUACCGGAGGCCUGGGUCUAAACGGGAAGACGGGCUGAUCUCCUGCCAUGUAAGUAGCCACAUGUACUGCUCUCAACAUGGGACUUAUUGAGGUGUGUUCGUUAUUCCAACAUUCUCAUGUGCACAACUGAUUGGCCGAACCGGUUGAUGCAUCAUUUUCUCUGUGCGCGCGCUGAGCUGCAACUUUGAUCCUCUGGCCUGCAUCCACAUCGCCCUGAGGCGGUUACUGUAGCGCUCACGGACCGAACCGCUCAUUGACUUAAAAUGGAGUUUGCCAUGGUGGGUGCGGACGGCGGGUGCAAUAGUCACCUGCCUUACGGAUAUGCCCAAGCUCGCGCACGGGAAAAGGAGCGCGAGAGGGAGCGCCAGGCUGUCCAUUCGAGAGCCGCGGCUGCUGCGGCCGCGGCUGAAGGUGGGUCAGGUGAGGAGGGAGGAGUGGGGGGGUCCACCUCCACCUCGAGCACUCCUCUCCUUAACAACCGCCAGCAUCAGUCUCGCGCCGCCUCCUCCACGAACGCCAACACCGGCAGCGGCGGGACCGCCUCGCGCCCCUCCUCCUCCUCCUCCUCCACCUCCUCCUCCUCCUCCUCCACCUCCUCGCAGCCGCCACAGCAGCAGCAGGAGCCCGAGCAGCAACAGCGAGUUCUCAGAGAGCGGAAAAAGCAGCGCGGCGUCGGACGGUGGAGACGCAGCCGGACGACUCUCGGCGGGGACCUGCGCCACUCGGAGCUGGCGCUGCUCGGAUCCGAGGAGGACAUCAUGAUAGAAGAGGAGGAGGAGGCCGAGGGAGCCGAGGAAGAGGAGGAGGAUGCGGAGGAGGCGAAGGGGGGCCGGGGAAGCAAGAGGUCGAGUUUUCUGUGCAACAUGGGUGAUGAGGAGGAGACCGUGUCGCUCACUGACAGGCGACCUCAGUCCGGAUACGAAAGUGUUUACAACGAGUGCGGCUGCUGCGAGAGAGUUGUCAUCAACGUGUCGGGUCUGAAGUUUGAAACUCAGCUCAAGACUCUCACUCAGUUCCCGGACACUCUCCUGGGAGACCCCGACAAGCGAAUCAGGUACUUCGACCCGCUAAGGAACGAAUACUUCUUCGACCGGAACCGACCGAGUUUUGACGCCAUUCUUUACUAUUACCAGUCAGGGGGGCGGUUGAAAAGACCAGUCAACGUCCCGUUUGACAUCUUCUCCGAGGAGGUGAAGUUUUAUGAACUCGGGGACGAGGCGAUACUUAAGUUUCGGGAGGAUGAGGGUUUUGUCAAAGAGGAGGAAAAGCCUCUGCCGGAGGACGAGUUCAAGCGCCAGAUUUGGCUGCUUUUUGAGUAUCCGGAGAGCUCGAGCCCUGCCAGGGGCAUAGCGGUCGUGUCCGUCCUGGUUAUAGUUAUUUCUAUUGUCAUUUUUUGCCUGGAGACGCUGCCGGAGUUUAGGGACGAAAAAGAAUAUCUACAGCCACGACACAACUCCACUCAACCUGACCACGGAUUUACUCCUUUCAACGACCCGUUUUUCCUUGUGGAAACGGUUUGCAUCAUCUGGUUCUCCUUUGAGAUUAUAGUCCGCUUCUUUGCGAGUCCGAGCAAACCGGAUUUCUUUAAAAACAUUAUGAACUCAAUAGACAUUGUAUCCAUUUUGCCUUAUUUCAUAACCCUCGGCACGGACCUGGCGCAGCAACAAGGCAACGGGCAGCAAGCGAUGAGCUUUGCCAUCCUGAGAAUAAUCCGCCUCGUCCGGGUGUUUCGCAUAUUCAAACUGUCCAGACACUCCAAGGGGCUGCAGAUCCUGGGCCAUACCCUGCGCGCCAGCAUGAGGGAGCUGGCCCUCCUCAUUUUCUUCCUGGUUAUAGGAGUCAUCCUGUUCUCCAGCGCGGUGUACUUCGCCGAGGCGGACGAGCCCACCUCUCAGUUCACGAGCAUCCCCGACGCUUUCUGGUGGGCGGUGGUGACCAUGACAACGGUGGGCUACGGUGACAUGAAGCCCAUCACUGUCGGUGGGAAGAUAGUGGGCUCCCUCUGCGCGAUCGCGGGCGUGUUAACCAUCGCGCUCCCGGUACCGGUCAUAGUGUCCAACUUCAACUACUUUUACCACAGGGAGACCGAUAACCAGGAUGACCAGGCGCCGGUGGUGGAGAGCAUGCCCCCGGGCUGCCCGUAUUUCCCGGACUUUUUAAGGAAAUUCAAAGGCUCGCCCUCUGGCUCAUCACUGGGUGACAAAGCGGAGUAUAUGGAGAUGGAGGAAGGCUUGACGGAGUCGCUUUGUGGUCUGGACAAGAGCCCCAGUAAAGGAAACGGCACAGACAUAGGGAGGAAAAACAGCACUAACUCCAAAUCCGUUCAGACUGACGUGUGAUUUCAAGUAGGCCUAUAGAGUUCAGUUUUUCCCAGUUUUUAUCUAAAGAAGAAUACGCCCUAGAGAUACUGUACAAGAGCAGGUGGUCCCCUAACACAAGUUUUACGCACGCCUCAGAGCCCACACGCACACACACGCACCCUUACAGGUCACCAAUUGGCAGAUUACAAUGUUUCAUUCUCACCAUUUCAGAAAGAAAAGUGUAUCCCAAAUCCUCUUCUCAAUCUUUAGGAACAAUUCUGGUCAAUAUUUCCCUAAUGGGUUGAUUAAUUAAGUUGUCUUACCUGUGCGGGCUUCCAAAUCUGACAUAAAAUUACAAAGUCGAGACAAGACAGGCUAUGCAUUCGCACUUUAUGAGUUUCAUCCGUCAAUAAGAGAAAGGGUAGGGAUGAUCGUUUUGCUGUUAUGCAAUAAAGUUUCAAAUUUGUUUGCACUAAUGUAGAGUUUGUGCUGGGUUUGGCUGAUUUUUAUUUCAGAGACAGAAACUGUAGGCCAUGCAAAUGGCAAUCAUUUAGUCAUCCUCUGACCACUUAGCUGAAGAAUGUUUGAGUACCUUCCUUAAAGAGAGCAAACUAGGGAUAUUAAUGAGCUCUUUCAUACGCUGCCAAUAAAAAUUGGACUCCAAUAAAGGAAAAGCCUGAGACAGAUAAAACAUGUUUGUUACUGUUCCAACACUAACAUGAACAAAAAGCUCAUUGAUAAGACAUAGCAUUUAGCAGUCAUCAAAUAAACCAGGGCUUGAAUUAUUUCUAUGACAUCUACACAAAUUUGCUUUUCCACAAAUAUACUUUUUUGUGUUGACCCACUAUGAGAGCUAAGCACAGGAAACAUCAGAGUUAAAAAUGGCUGGAGAAAUGACUUGCCCUGCCAGGUUUUUGUACGGACAGGCUUGGGGCCUUGGCGACGACAGUUUCCCCAGUUUCAUUUACACCACUUCAAAAUGACAAUAUCCCUUUACACGGAUGCAGAUGGAAAGCUAUAGCAAAAACGACUCUGUUGUGGAAACUCCUCGGAGGGGAGUUUGUGAGCAACUUCCUCUCCUGUCCGCUGGACUUUGUGCACAAAAUAUUAUUUUUUUUCCUCAAGAGGACUGUGACUAUCUCCGAGCUCAGAGGAUCCCCGAGGUGUGGAUGUCUUCCAAGCGCUGCCAGUUACAAGGAGAGGAAGUAUCCCCCACAACUCUGGAAAUUGCAGCGCACAAGCAAAACAUUGUGACUGGUCAUCGCCACCACGAGCGGAAACUCAAAAGCAACAACUGGACAGGACUCGGGACUUGAACAGGCGGGGACGAGAGCUGCUGCGUGACAUCAGUAAACAAACCCUCAAGGGUUGAGACUGGAAUUGGCAAAUGAGUAAGUCGUGGCCGAAAAUGAAUGCCUUAAUAAUACACAUAUACAGAUGUAUGAAGUGAUGAAACUAAGAGACUUAUAGUUCAAAGAUGUUUUCUUUACAUGUGAAAAAAAAGUGUCUUGUAAGGAACAGAUGUGAAUAUUUUAAUAUGAUAGAGACAAUGUUUGGUUGUAACGUCGACAUAAUGUUUUAGUUGGGUCGGCUUCGUAGGUGUCAUUGGUUACUAAAUGGUGAGUUUGCUCUCUGCUUAUGUGCAGUCAGCAGUUCGACUUAAUAUAUUUUUUAUCUUGUUUCAUAAAGUCAACCAAACAAGGCUGGCCUGAGUUGCUCACUCAAAUGCUUGCGACAAACUCUUAAUUCACAUUGUGUCAUAACACAUAAAAACCCUCAUUUAGAAAGUGUAUGGAGGGUUGGGGGAGACUGUAUAGAGGGUUAGGGGAGAGAUAUGAAAUAUAUAUAUAUAUAUAUAUAUAUAUAUAUAUAUAUAUAUAUAUAUAUACUGGCUCAAUGCAACACACUAAAAUACAUCAGAAGAACACCCUCUUACAUUAAGAUCCACAUACACUAAAGCAAAGAUGUCAGGCACAUAAACACCAUCAUAAAUAUCUGCCACACUCACUUUCUACCGCAGAAAAACAGCAGGGUGAAACUCGCCGUGAAGAUGAAAUACCUUAGGUUUUUGUCUCAGAUGCAAAUUUAGAGCUGACCAGCUGCUUUGUUGAUAUGUUUUCACUUUAACUGUAUGCAAAAGUAACAUGGACGUGUGUUAUAUAUUUUUUUAAACCUAGCCUUGAUAAUUACAUAACCAAAGGUGAAACCCUGAAUUUAUUGUAUGUUGUGGACUUCUGGAAAAUGUUGUGAUAUAGAUGCACACUGAAUAGGAAAAUAUGUAAAUAGCAGACAUUUAUACUGUUGUGUCCUAAGACGUGUUGCCCAUCACCCAUAAUCCUCUGUGUUUGGUUUGUCCUCGCUGAUACAAUCAUGUUCCUCAUAUCGUUGCAAAUGCUGCUCCAACAUUCUUCAUCGUUUUUGCUGUUUUUCUGUUUUCUUCUUCUGCAUACUGCACACAAAAAAUCUGUCUACUCAUCCAUUUGGCAUACUACAACAAGAGGUUGCUGAUGUUUGUGCAGCUUUGCCACAGAAGCAUUGGGUUUGGUUACCUCUCUUUGACCUGCGAUGUUGGCUGUGAAUGAAAUUAUUAGAAUUUGCCAGUUUUGUUUUGGUUUUUGGAAGUAGUAGUAGGAGAAGUUAUUUCACAUAUUUUACUGAAGGCAGUAUUUUAUUUACCUAUAUUUCUCAUCAAAAAACAUCCAUUACAUACUAUAACGGCACUUAAAUGUGAUGUCUUCAUCUUAGUGUCUGCUUCCUCGACUCCGAAAGAAAAUCCAAAGUUCACCUUCUUGCUCUUUUUCCAGAAAUGUGUAUCUCAAUAGUAUUCCUCAGACAAGCUGUUUACUGAAUGUUCCAGAUGUUUCCUUAGUGUCCGAAAAAAAACUUGUAACCACAAAAUAGCCACAAGAGUUUUCAAAUAGAUGUCAAUUGUUUACUUUGGAAAUCAUUAUGGGGAGGAUGUUUUUAUUGGGAAGGAGAAGACACAAAGUACAUUUUUCGUUUCUGCGUAGUAAAACAGGAAUAGCAGAAUACUCUCGGAAAAAAAACAAAUCGGCAAGUUGUAACAAUAAAUAAAGUAAGAAAGAAAAGAAAAAAGUAUGACUCACAGUGGAUUAUAAUAUCAGGCUGUAUCUGUCAGUUAAAGAUUUGUUUGGAGAACAAAUCUCUGAAAUCCAAGUUAAUGUAAAAAUGAAGUAUUAGUCAUUUUAGUCCAAUAGAAAAACCAUAAAAGGGAAAGCAAAACAAACACAUUUUGGCCAAUAAUGUAGACUUAGUACUGCUUCUUUAUAAAAUUAUAAGGAAGAAUUAAUAAGCUGCAUUAACAAAAAACUUUUAUUAUAGCAGGAAAUAUUAAGAAAAACUCACUUUUUCAGUGCUUAUGCAUACAUCUGAAUAUCUGGAGUGUCAACCAAUCCCCAAACUGUGGAAUAUGAAAAUCCAGUCACUUUUAUGUGGGCUCGAUUUGAAAACAUGGGAUUCAACAAGCCAUUCAGAUGUGGCUCACCUUCACAUGCAGGCUUAAUAGAAUACACCCCCCCCCCCCCCCCCCCCCCUUUGUCUGAGUAUCUCCACCCACGGGCUUGAGAACUACAUUUGGAAAGGCUGCGCCCUAUUUUUCUCACAAGCUAAUCAGAGCAGAGGGGGCCUUAAAGAGACAGGCACUAAAAUGGAGCAGACAGACAUUGGAACAUAAACAUGUUCUAGUAGAAAACCUAAAUACAAGUAUGAACCUGAAAAAGGAGCAUGAUAUGUCUCCUUUAGGAGUAAUAGAGUUCAAAUUAAAUUGAACUUUUAAGGCUAAAAUAUAGCUUGGGAAAUAAACGUUUGCUUUAGUAAGAUGAAAAGAUUGAUACCACAUGUGUGUGGGUAAAAUAAAUAUUAAGCUACAGCCAGCAACCAGUUAGCUUAGCACAAAGACACAUAUAUAUAUCUAUGCUUAUCAUAUCAAUGUCUUAAGCUGAUCACAUUAAUUCCUUUGUUUUUGUAUCAGCAUUUGGACCAAGUUGGGGUGUAUCUGUUGGUUAACCAGGAACCCCAGGGUGUCAAAAAGACUUGCCCCUGGUAAAACCACACCUUGUUGUUGUCAUAAUUUGGUUUUUGUAAGAAUUAAACAAGCCAGACAUACAGCAGAUUUUCUUACCAUUGGACAGAGCCAGGCUAGGUGUUUCCCUCCCAUUUCCAGUCUUUAUGCUAAGCUAAGAAGCUCCUGGCUGUAGCUACGUUACAGACAUAGCCAACUUUCUGCAAAAAAAAAAAAGGAGAAAAGUGCAUUUCCCAAAAUGUAGAACUAUUCAUUUUAGAGGUAAAUUAAAUAAAAAUAGAACCCGUCUGUAAAGAACAGAAGCAAUUUUAUUACACUAAUCUUGUCAGAUUAUGAGCCUCAAAGCACAAGCUGUUCUUGUACUCGGGGCUCGGCCAGCCAGAGGCCUCAUUUCUGACCUGAAGUUUUGACUUGGUAACAGAGGCGCCAGCCUGAAUGUUGGCUCACAUAAAGAUCUGAGAUGUAGCUACUACAAAACCAACAGGCAACAGGGGCAGAUGCUUCACUGCAACAAUACUGAGAGCCAAAUUAAUCCAUCUAGUGACAUGUUCAGCUACAGCUCGGGGUGUUAUCACAAAGCACCAUAAAGACACUAAGCCGAAGAGUAAUAUAUGCCCACAGGUUACUGAAGAGAACAAGAACAGGAUCCGCCUGAUUGAUCCUCGAGGCUCACACAUCCAAUAAAGCAGAACAAACAAGCACCGAAGGAGAAAUCUGUUUAACUGGACAGUCUCUAAUCCAUUUCCUCAAUCUAAGAAUUAAAAUGAUGUAUUUGGUUUGAGGCUGCAAUUAUGUUAAAUUCCACUUCACUUACAUCUGCUUUCAUCAGGAGGUAAGUAGUGACCCAUACAAGGGCAGUGUGCUGUACUGUAUGAAGCAAGAAGAUAAUGAAGGUCUAUGGGCUGAUUUUGAGGCAGAUUGAAUAUUACAGGAAGAAAAAUAAUUUUAUCCUCGUGUGUGAGCUAAAUGAGACUCUGAAUAAAAAGUAAAUAAAUAAUCCACACGGAUAUUUAUCAAGAGGUCAUAUUCUGAGUGGGCAAGGAUUAGUGGGAAAAUAUCCACAUGAGACUAAACAACAAAUCAAAUAGUUUGACUUGGUGCUGCUAGAUAUACCUGCAGUAAUAACUUUUGUGAUGCUGUUGUGAUUCAGCACAGCCAAUGAGCUGUUAGAAUGGUUAACAGUUGUGUGGGGACACAUGCAAAACAGGGCGAGAGAACGUUUUUGACAUUAGGAUCAUCUCCGAGCUGGAAAACUCACCAGGGCUACAUUUUAAAUAUUCCUAAACAUGAGCAAAAAAAAGUCUGUCACAGCUACUGGACAGAAUAACUGAACUCAUUUAAAAGAAAACACUUGUUUGGAAUUGAUUUAGGAAGGGCUAGCUCUGUGUGCAUAUUGUGAGAAACCGCUUUUCGGUUGAAGCUCAUGUAUAUUUCUGAGGCCUGAACGACUGAGACUCAAAAUCCUCUGUGCUUAUAACAGAGCAACUAGGAAUCAAUAGCAAUGGAUUUAUUCUAGAAAACAACUAGAACUGACCAUAGAUCUAAAGCCAUGCAAAACAACCCAGUGCAAUUUAGUGAUGUAGUACAUUUUAUUCUACUUUCAGUGUUACCAGAUUUAACCUAAAACAGCCCCAUUGGAUUGUAAAGCCUGCUCAAUCUUCAUAAAUCUCCUCCCAUUUUUAAUUGCCAUAUGCUGUAUAUAAAAAAAAAGGUGCUGGGAUGAAGCUUCAACAUUAUCUGCUUUAUUUGUACAAUUAGGAGAACCCCAAACCACCCAAAACAGGGUUAGAAUUAUGAAAAAAAAGUAGUGAUUGAAUGUUAAAAUAUUAUCAUAAGAACGUCUUUAAGCUUUUACAGGUCAUUUAUCUCAGCGCUAUAACUGGAUAAUAACUUGAAUAGGAAAAAAGGUUUCAACCUACUUGUAUUAAACGGAAAUGUUGUAUUUUAUUGAUCAUCUGUCAUCAGUUGUUGGGUGUCGAGCCGAGUCUACUAAACUCAGUGCAUUGCAAUCCUUAACCUACCACCCAGAGGACGCUUCUCAAGAUUCACUGGAAAAUAAUACAAUAGUAGAUUAACAGGGAUGACGAUGACACAAUGAGAGCCGCUAGAUGGCAAAAGGGUACUUUGCAACAAUAGUGUGAGUUUGAAUGCACCAAUAGUGUAACAAGGUGCACCUGAAAGCACCAUGGAGUCCCACCGGAGCCCACGUGCUUUACCUUUACCUUCGUUGUUUGUUUACAUACCUCACUCAUAGGGAAGCCAAAUGUUGUCACACUGGUGACUUCAGGCAAGCAGGAGGAUUUUUUAAGCUUUGUUGUUUCUCUGUCAUCUCUGGCAGAGGCCAUGGUGUCUAGAAAAGCCAAGCUGCCGGCUACCGGUAAGCUAACGUUACCCAUGCGUCUUAGCUGCAUACUACUAGCCAGUGUGUUGUGCUUUUUUUCUUUGGACGAGCACAAGUAGGCGGGGGUGGAAGGAGAGAAAGAUAGUGCGGGAAUCACAAAUUACAAGCUGCCCAAAACAAUUUGUUAUCUGCCCAAUCAAAUAUUAAGUAGCCAAACUAUACAGAAGACCGCCCAAUCUGGCAACACCGACUGCUUUUGCCAUAGUGAUCAGGAUGGAUAUGUAGAUACUGAAACUACUAUUGACACAUCUGAGUUAAUUGUUAGUGUAUUGAAUUUGGUUUAAAAAAAAAUCUCACUUUAAAAAAAAACUGACUAAACCCAAUAUCUUAGCAUUGAACACACGCAGCGCAGUUUAAUGUUACGCACUACGGACACAUACAUCCAGAGAGGUAAUGCAUUAGUCUGAGGAUAAAAACUAAAGUGUUUACUGUAACAUCCACAGUGUUGGAUAACACCGGGAACCCGUUUUAUGUCUUAAUCUCCUUAUAAACAAGGUGGCUUAUGAGGAGCACUGCAACCCAGUGACGCAGUUUGUAUUUGUUUAGUACUCUCGCUGGAUAUUAUGUGACUGAUGAGAUUAAGGAGGUUGUUGUCUGCAGAACAGUAUGAGGUCUUUGGUGAAAAAUGCAAUGAUUACACUUGGCUUGGUGGUCACAUUUGUAUUAAGGAAAUUGUCGCACGUACGAGAGAAAUAAAUGCUUUGCAGAAAUCAUUUGCAUGUGUUAAAAGGCCUUGGUAGAUACAGCUAAUCUAUAUCGCAUAUCGCUCAAAUGACUGAGUUGAUAACAGGGUUACCACACAGCCCUGGAUCUGAGAAAUACUCAGUGGUCACUACUUCUAACAGUCAUUUAAGUAAUAAUUAGAAGAUGCCACUUCCUUUGAGGAUUAUGAUAUUGAUUAAAUGAUAAAAACCUUCGUUAUCUUCAAUAUUACCCAUACUUAACUUUGUUAUUUUGGACCAACUUUCAUUUCCUGGCUCAUAGUGUUUUAAAGCAGUGAGGUGACCAUGUUGAGCUAAAUCAAGAAGAGGAAUUAUUUGCUUCAAGUGCUAAUCGCUAGAAGGGAAUUAGCAUUUCUACCUAUUAAACUGCAGUGUAGGGGGUGGUUGGAAUGCACACACACACACACAUCCUCUGCCUGUUUCAGGACUGCUUCUCGCGGCUGCUGCCGGGAAAUGUGAAUACACUCCUAAUUACACCAUCCCUCGUACAUCAAGCUAUUCAAAUAUGAGCUUUGCAGCAAGUGAAAUCAAAGUGAUAUCUCUUUGCUUGUGGAUGGAAAAACUUUGAUAGACAGGGAAUUAAUUGCCAAUUAUUUUGAUGAUGGUUUCAGUCAAACCUUCUCUGGUUCCAGCCUCUCAAAUGUGAACUGUUAUUUGAAUAAAACAAGCAAUCUGAAUUUCCAAUGACUGUGGGGAAUUAAAAGAAAAGUAGACACAUAUUUUCUGACAUUUUACCGCCAAAACAAUGAAUCAUCUAAAUAUUUGGCAGAUUAAUCAAUAUAAAAACAAUCUUCAGCUGCAGCCCUAGUGGAACAACAGGAAUUUUAGCACAUUAUGGGAUCUCCUCAUGCUGUGUGACAAAUGUGCCGUGAUCUGUGAAAUGGCAACGUAAUGUUUCAUCAUUACCUUUUUGGAUUUUAAAAAGUUCAACGCCCUGAGUGCUCAAUGCACUUCAACAUAAGAAAACACAUGCAAACAAAAAAAGCAAAGAAAAAAAAAAAGAAAAGCAAAUCAAAAACAUUUUUACAAAUUCGUCAAUACAGCGGAAACACCCAAAUACAGAAAACACAACAAAUACUAAACUUUUGACGGUGUUUUAUGUGUUUGCAGCACAUUCUAUUAUGUUGCACUUCGGGUGAGGAGGUUUGCUUAAUUUAUUUGAUUGUUUUUGUUUAUUUUCAUGUGUCUUCUUUAACUGAAGCGGGAUGAGGUUUCAGGGCUGCUGAAAUUGUAUUAUUUAAUAACCUGCAGACAGUCUUGAAGAGGCACAUGCUCUUUUUUGGAAAGCACAGUACUUUAGCCUGUAUAGACCGAUUACUAUGGUGGCACGUGGUAACCGCAGCAGAUCGUUGUGGGGCAUGGCACAUUUCCUCUCAACAAGCCUCCAAAUGUCAAGACCAAGGAUCAUUAGCAUGUACAAUUUUGACUGUCUGUCAUACAAUAAGCAAAUGGCCUUUUUUUGUUUUUAUAUAUAUAUAUAUAUAUAUAUGCGAUGUCUCUGAUUCUUCAAUCUGUCUUUAGAUCAUUUUGUUGUAGUUUCUGAACAUUAGUCCAUGAGAGCUUGAUGAAUGAAGUGCACAAACAAAGAUAAAACAUACAAACGAAGAAUAUUAAGAUGUGAAUUUGACAGGACAAAGACGGGGUUUAAAUCCAUAAUAAUCAGGUGUCUAUGCAUGCUGUUGCAGUUCGGUCAGCCAAGGCCAACCGUCACAUGGUUAUAAUCCAGUAUAUCUACAUUAGUCAUGAUGAUUCUCACCAUACUCUCCUGCAGAGAGGUAAACGAUCUACAUGCAGCCAGCAGAGAUGCGCUGAACUGCUGCUGUGCUGUACAGAUGCAGUGUGGGUAGUCGACAAUAACGGCGACCACAUCAUUAUUGUUUUGGGAAGGAUGGCGGAGGCGGCGGGGGUACUGCUUCACGUUUGUGUAUGCCUAAUAGUCAAACUGUUGAUUUCACUCUGAUAAAAGGAGAGUAAUCAUUACCGGUCAGCAAAGGAAAGCUGACAGUAACUAUUAAUGAACAUGUAAAAUAUCUCCACAGUUCAGGUGUUGAGAAAUAUCCAUGGGAGUUUUUGGCCAGCCUUGCUUUUAUUCUGCAUGAUGCUUUGUUUUGAGAAAAAUGCAUCCUAACCCAAGGUAUGUUUUUAUUAUUUUCCUGAGGGCGUUUCUCUCUUUCUCUCUCUCUCUCUCUCUCUCUCUCUCUCUCUCAUUUCUUUUUGGUAAAUCUUCCAAUUUCUGUAUUUUCUACAUUCAUAACAUUUUGUAGACAGCAAUAUGAGAUGUGAUUGAAAAUGGAAUAUGUGCAAUGUUGAUUAAAGAAAAAUAUAAUAUAUUCAAUAAAAAUUCUGAAAA